ACGCCAAACGAUAUUUCAAGCAAAUAUCUGAAUUUCUUCUUUACGCCUGUCAUCGGUAAAAAUGUAUCAUAUUAUAUAUAUAUGCACUUUGCAGAAGUUGAAGAGUACAGCGCCAGCUGGUCUAGAGAGCUCACUAUUACCAUGAAUGGAAAGUUUAUUUCUACGCCAUUUGAUCCACAUUACUUGAGGACAACAAUGACUAACACCACGUUUACUGCGGAAGGAGGAAAGUAUUAUUUUUCAAUAUCUACUCCGGGGACAACGUAUCAACCGAUCCUGAACGCCUUUGAGAUUUAUAUGGCAAAAGAAUUUUUAGUAUCAGAAACAAACCAGCAAGACGUUGAAGCAAUUACGAACCUCAAGUCAACUUAUAAAAUCAUUAAGAAUUGGCAAGGAGAUCCGUGCAACCCUCAAGUUUACCUGUGGGAAGGUGUGAAGUGCAGCUAUUCUGACAAUGACUCCGCACGAAUCAUAUCCCUGGAUUUGUCACAGAGUGGACUAACCGGAGAGAUAGCUGCUUCUAUAGCUAAUCUCACAAUGAUACAGACUUUGGAUUUAUCAAACAACAACUUAUCCGGACAAAUUCCAGAAUAUUUGUCGCAGUUGCCAAAGUUAAAUGUCUUAAACUUGGAGAACAAUGAGCUCACAGGUUCAGUUCUUGUCGGGCUUAUAGCAAAAGGAAAGGAUGGUUUGUCAUUGAGUUUGUGCGGAAAUCCAAGUUUAUCAAAGCAGGUUCCUUACGAGAAGAAGAAGAACAAGUUUUCUGUUCCGGUCGUCGUGUCAAUUAUUGUAAUGUUGUUGGUCUCAUCCAUUGCAGCAGCUAUAUUGUGGAAAUUAAAAAAGGGUCAUGCUGUUUGGAAGUACAGGAGAGUUGAUAAGGGACAUGAUGUGUUUUUGAGUUUUAGAGGUCAGGAUACACGCAAAGGCCUUGCACGUAAUCUGUACGAAGCUUUAGAGGAAAAAGGAAUCAAGACAUUUUUUGAUGAUGAAACGCUCAAGGCGGGAGAUGAAAUAGCACUUGCACUUCUCGAUGCAAUAGAAGCAUGUUGGUGCAUAAAAAUUCCGUAG